UGUGGGGAAGCCUGGGGGGGGAGCGAAGAUGUUUUGUCACCGGUAGUAGCUGGCAGCUUCGAACUCACCGGUGGCAGCCCUAGCGGAAAGCGAUUGCGGAGAGAGGCGCAAUUCGCGCGGAGGAGCUCCCCGGCCAUUGCUCCAGAACAAAGGUGAUAAAGGCACACUCAACAAAGUCAGCCAAUUCUAUUAACAAUUUCACUGGGAAUGGACAAUGGGAUGCUUCCUGAUUUUAUCAUGAUCAAAAACUGCUUUCUUCUUUGUAUUUCCAUGGAUUUAGUCAGUCAUUUUGGCUUCUCACAGAUGCCAACAGCUUCAGGGAAACAUGACACCAAUGAUAACAUUACCAUAUUCACUCGGAUCCUUGAUGGCCUAUUGGAUGGAUACGAUAACAGACUUCGCCCAGGUCUGGGAGAGAGAAUAACGGAAGUGAAAACAGAUAUUUAUGUCACCAGUUUCGGUCCAGUUUCUGACACUGAAAUGGAGUAUACUAUUGAUGUUUUUUUCCGACAAAGCUGGAAAGAUGAAAGGCUUCGAUUUAAAGGCCCAAUGCAACGUCUCCCUCUUAACAAUCUCCUGGCCAGUAAGAUUUGGACCCCAGAUACUUUUUUCCACAAUGGCAAGAAAUCCAUUGCUCAUAACAUGACCACUCCCAAUAAGUUGCUGCGUCUUGAGGAUGAUGGAACCUUGCUGUACACAAUGAGAUUAACCAUAUCUGCUGAAUGCCCCAUGCAACUUGAAGACUUUCCUAUGGAUGCCCAUGCUUGUCCGUUAAAAUUUGGAAGCUACGCUUAUCCCAAUUCAGAAGUGAUCUACGUGUGGACUAACACCUCAGCAACUUCGGUGGUAGUGGCAGAAGAUGGUUCUAGGCUUAACCAAUAUCAUCUGAUGGGACAAAGUGUAGAUUCUGAAAACAUCAGUACCAGUACAGGGGAAUACACGAUAAUGAGGGCGCAUUUUCAUCUGAAAAGGAAGAUUGGUUAUUUUGUCAUCCAAACUUACCUUCCCUGCAUUAUGACAGUAAUCUUAUCACAAGUAUCAUUUUGGUUAAACAGAGAAUCUGUCCCUGCUCGAACAGUCUUUGGCGUGACUACAGUUCUUACAAUGACGACCUUAAGCAUCAGUGCCCGUAACUCUCUACCCAAAGUGGCUUAUGCUACUGCGAUGGAUUGGUUUAUCGCUGUAUGCUAUGCCUUUGUCUUUUCUGCACUGAUUGAAUUUGCCACAGUCAACUAUUUUACCAAAAGAAGCUGGGCCUGGGAUGGCAAAAAAGCUUUGGAGGCUGCAAAAAAGAAGAAAAAAGAACGUGAAUUAAUGGCAAAUAAAGCCAUAAACAGCUAUGCUGCUGGAAAGAUGACGCCCACAUUAAACAUACCAAAGGACUCCACCCCUUCAGUCAUCUCCAACUCUGUUUCUUCUCCAGCCAUACCCAUUGAGAAACCAGCUGAAAACAAAAAGACGUAUAACAGCAUCAGUAAGAUUGACAAAAUGUCCCGAAUAGUUUUCCCUGUCUUGUUUGGAACAUUCAAUUUAGUUUAUUGGGCCACAUAUUUGAACAGGGAACCUGUUAUUAAAGGUGCUGCUUCUCCAAAAUAA